GUCGCGGCGGGGCGGCCCCCGCGGCCCCGGGGCCAUGUUCCAGGGCUUCCCCGGGGACUACGACUCGGGGUCGCGCUGCAGCUCCUCGCCCUCGGCCGAGUCGCAGUACCUGUCGCCGCUCGACUCCUUCGGGAGCCCCGCGGCCGCCGGGGCCGCGCAGGAGUGCGGCGGCCCGGGGGACAUGCCCGGCUCCUUCGUGCCCACGGUGACGGCCAUCAGCAGCAGCCAGGACCUGCAGUGGCUGGUGCAGCCCACGCUCAUCUCCUCGGUGGCACCGGGGGCCGCCAUGGCACAGCCGCCGCCGCCCCCGUUGGACCCCUACGACCUGCCCGGGCCCAGCUACACCGGCCCGGGGCUCGGCGCCUUCCCGGGACCCCCGGCACCGACCCCCGCCCGACCGGCCCGGGCACGGCCCCGGCGCGGCCGCGAGGAGACGCUGACCCCGGAGGAGGAGGAGAAGCGCCGCGUGCGGCGGGAGCGGAACAAACUGGCGGCGGCCAAAUGCCGGAACCGGCGCCGGGAGCUGACGGACCGGCUGCAGGCGGAGACGGACCAGCUGGAGGAGGAGAAGGCGGAGCUGGAGUCGGAGAUCGCGGAGCUGCGCAAGGAGAAGGAGCGCCUGGAGUUCGUGCUGGUGGCCCACGCGCCCGCCUGCAAAGUCCCCUCCGCCGCCUUCGAGGACAUCGCCGCCACCGCGGCUCCGCGAGGCCCCGCCGCACCGGAGGUGAGCAGCCCGGGCGAGGCGGGGACCGUCGCUUUCCUGCCCCCGGUGCCGUUCCAGGGCCCGCAGGGUCCCUUCCCCGGCUGCUGCCUCCCGCCCGGGGUCCCCGCGGGACCCCCUAACGCCACCCCCGCGUUUGUGUUCACCCACCCAGAGGGAGCCACGUGUGGAGCCUCGCACCAGCGGAGCGGCAGCAGCGACCGGUCCUCGGACUCCCUGAGCUCUCCCUCGCUCCUCGCGUUGUGAACGGGGUCCCCCCUCCCCGAGCGAGCCGCCCCCGGACCCCCCGAGCCCCCCAAAAAAACGGGCACCUCCUCCCUGCCCCCGCCGCGCCUCGGGCUGGGCUUGGCCCACCCCGCUUUUUUCGGGAUUUGUUUUCCCCGGCUCCGCUGGGGAUCCUUUUAUUUUUUACUUUUUAAAUUUUUUUUUUUAAAUUUUUUUUUAUUUUUAGGGGGAGGCUUGAAGGGUUAUUUUUAUUCUUUUUGUUUUUGGAGUUUUGGGGUUUUUUUUGGCGCCUGGUGGCCGUGAUGAGGCUCCCGCCACCCCGUGGCUGUUCGGAGGUGUCCGCCCCCGGUCCCCGCCGCCUCUCGGGGGUCCUACCGGGACCCCCCCGUCCCUCUGGAGAUGUCCCCGUCCCUCCGGUGACGUCCCCGUCACCCGGAGAAUGUCCCCGCGCUGUCCCCGGCACCUCGCAGGUGGCUGUCCCCGACCCGGGGCGUUCCUGCCGCGCCUCCAGCGCCUCGCAGAUGUCCCAGCCUGGCCCUGGUGGCACCUGUGACACACCUGAGGUGUCCCCAAGCCCCCGCUGAAGGUCCCUGUGCCCCAUCCCGGUUCCCCAGGAGGGUCCCGGUGCCACCUCCACCCCCUUUGGAGAAGCCGCCGCCGUGUCCCCGUCCCCACAGAAGGUCCAGGUGUCAUUUCUGUCCCCCUGGAGAUGUCCCGUGUCCCCUCCACGCCGCUCUGAGGGGCUCUACGGGCCACCUCCUCCUUUUCCAGGUGUCCCUGUGGCCACCUUUACCUGCUCCAGGUGUCCCUGUGGCCACCUCCUCCUUCUCGAGGUGUCCCUGUGGCCACCUUUACCUGCUCCAGGUGUCCCUGUGGCCACCUCUUCCCUUUCCAGGUGUCCCUGUGGCCACCUCCUCCUUCUCGAGGUGUCCCCGUGGCCACCUCCUCCUUUUCCAGGUGUCCCUGUGGCCACCUCUUCCCUUUCCAGGUGUCCCCAUGGCCACCUUUACCUGCUCCAGGUGUCCCCGUGGCCACCUUUACCUGAACGAGGUGUCCCUUGUGGCCACCUCCUCAUUCUCCAGGUGUCCCCGUGGCCACCUUUACCUGCUCCAGGUGUCCCUAUGGCCACCUUUACCUGCUCCAGGUGUCCCCACGGGGUCUCCCCCGCUCGGAGGUGCCACCCUGUCACCUCCCUGUCCCCUUCGGGGGGUCCCUGCGGCCUCCAGGUGACCCCUGCAGGUCACCUCCCGCCCCUGGUGCCCCUCCGCCCCCCGGGCUCACCUGCCCAGGUGUGCCCCGCUCCCGGUGCCCGCCCCGCUCGGGCUCUCCGGUCCCGCUCGCCCCCGCCCGCCCGUGCCCCGCCUGUCCCGGUUCCGCUUGUCGGCCCCGCCCCAGCCCCGGUACAUAAAUCUAUUUUUGUUGCGCGGGAGAUGUUUAAUUUUUUAUUAUUAUUAUAACGAGGAUAAUUAUUGUCGCCCUGUGCCGUGUUGGUGCCCGCCCGGGGCCGCCCCCCGGGCCCCCCGUCCGCGCUCGUCCCGCCCCAAACGUGGCCAAUAAAAGCAGCUUCCAGCGGC